AUGAAGCGAUUGGAUGGGAGUGCUCAUGUACCAGGCCUCUCAAGUGACGAGCAGCAGAAUCUCCACCAGGGAAAGACGCCAUUCGCUACGGUAAAGCAAACCGCCGACUGGGCUGCAAUCCAAGGCAAGACACGAAUCGCAGAUAGCGACAUUCUUGGACGCCAACGUCGCCAGUCAACGAAUCCGUGUGUCGACAAUCGGGCUCAGAUUGGCAUGGAAGGCAUUCAAUCUUCGCACAUUCCCAAUGAGACUGUCGAGGAACAUACUGACAAAGUUUGGGAGACUCAGCCCUCGGGCUUUCAACAGGAUAAUUCCACUGGGUCUUCGUCCGGGCUUGACAUCGGCAACGCCUAUCACUCAAGUGUGAACGGGGAACUGCUGGCGGGGGCGUUCCAUAUUGAAGGAAUGGAUAUAGGAGGUAUAGAUGACUUCUUUGACUUUGAAAGCUGGUUCUAG